AGUCAGGCGGCAGCACAGGUUCCACUCCAGGGAUCCAGACAGGUGGACUGUCCUCUGCAUGCGGGUUGGGGUGCGAGGCCACGCUGGUGCAGGGGAGCCCAGGGCAGGACACGCAGCUCACAGACUCCGGCGGUUCUAAUACACCCACGAGACGCAGCCACGGCCGCUCCCCUCUCACUGCCAGCCCCAGCCUCUCUCUCUGCCUCUGCCAAGGGCACGAAUGGGCAAAGCAGAACUUCCAGAAGGGAAGAUGAGCACCCAGGAUCCCUCAGACCUGUGGAGCAGACCCGACGGAGACGCUGAGCUGCUCCAGGACUUGGGGUGGUACCACGGCAAGCUCACGCGCCACGCGGCGGAGGCCUUGCUCCUCUCCAACGGAUGCGACGGCAGCUACCUGCUGAGGGACAGCAACGACACCACCCGGCUGUACUCUCUCUCCGUGAGAGCCAAAGACUCUGUGAAACACUUUCAUGUCGAAUAUACUGGAUAUUCAUUUAAAUUUGGCUUUAAUGAAUUCGCAUCUUUGAAGGAUUUUGUAAAGCAUUUUGCAAAUCAGCCUUUGAUCGGAAGUGAGACAGGCACUCUGAUUGUUCUGAAACAUCCCUAUCCAAGAGAAGUGGAAGAACCUUCCAUUUAUGAGUCCGUCCGGGUUCACACGGCGAUGCAGACAGGAAGAACAGAAAACGACCUUGUGCCCACGGCGCCUUCUCUGGGCACCAAGGAAGGCUACCUCACCAAGCAGGGGGGCCUGGUCAAGACUUGGAAAACAAGAUGGUUCACUUUGCACAGAAAUGAACUGAAAUACUUCAAAGACCAGAUGUCUCCAGAACCAAUUCGGAUCCUAGACCUAACAGAAUGUUCAGCUGUACAAUUUGAUUAUUCCCAAGAAAGGGUAAACUGUUUUUGCUUAGUAUUUCCAUUCAGGACAUUUUAUCUCUGCGCAAAGACAGGAGUAGAAGCUGAUGAAUGGAUCAAGAUAUUACGCUGGAAACUGUCACAAAUAAGAAAACAGCUCAACCAAAGGGAAUGCACCAUCCGGUCUCGGUCGUUCAUCUUUAACUAGGUCUUUCCUAGCAAGCACCGCCCUGCCCAGAGCAAGGUGGAAUGCGCCCCGAUCGCAGGCUUCCCACGAGAGCUGACUAAGGAUUUUUCCCUAAAAACAAAUCCAAAGGCAGAUGCUGUUUGGGAUCCACAGGGCACGUUUGCCAACUCACGGAAAACUGCUGCCCUUCCAAGACGUCGCCAUCUCUUUGAGAAAACGGAAGUGGUCCUCGUUUCGGAGAAACUGAUCACACUCACUCAGAACACACGAUGUAAAGAUGAAGGGUUUCUGUUUUCACUCACUGUGGUCCCCAAGCCUGUUGACAUCAGGGGACCCACAGUUGCCAGGAGUCUCGCUCUGAGUCAUGGUCAGCCCCUGUGACGCCCAGCUUGUGCUAUUAACCAGGAAGGAAGCAGUUGUAUGCUUAGAGGCUUAGCCGACUUCUUCAGAAAUUAUAUUGAGAUAGCAAACAUCAAAGAUUUCCAGGGGAGAGGUUGUUUUUGGCUUCUUUUCCCCUUUAUACAAAAAACAAAAAGUUUCCAAAACUAAAAUGGAAAAGGUUUGUGGUAUUUAUUUUCUCUUUCUAAAAGGCUCAGAAAUGUAGCGGGUCCCUCACUUCUAAUAAUAAAACUGUGAGAACUAAAUGGGCAAUCAGGUGGUACAAUGAAGAUAAAUGAACGUGCAAUUUUAAAAACAUCUCUCUUUCAACCAUUUGGGGGACUGUUUUAAAGAGUGAGAAAACAUACAUUGAAGGGUGAUAAAGUAGCAGAUAAUUUGUAGUUUAAUAAUUAUUGUUACUAUAGUAACAAUAAUGGAGUACUUGUAAGCACUAAGUUAUCUUCAUUCAACAUUUCGCCAAAAGGACUGAGACACUUCUCAAGAAUGUGUUUUAACAAUCCCUUCAUCAGAAUGAGCUGUCUCGGGCUGGCCCAAGGGAUGUAAGAAUCACCCAAGCGCCUUGUAUCUUAUUAAACAGCCAUUUCUGUUGCCAGUUGAGGGAGUAGCACUAAAUCUACAUGAAAUAUCUACUAAUGUGUUAACCCAGCUUUUUCAAACUAGAAUAAGGGGACUGAAAUAGGGGAACGAGACACGAAUGCCCAGAGCUCAUAAAUAGAUUCUAACCCCUUCUAUUAUCUUUAUUAAUAGUGCUUUUUUAGAUAGAAGUUUGAAGGGAGACAAAAAUGAAUGAAGAGUCCGAGAAUAAAAUGAUGAUGGUGCAAAGCUAUGAUAGAAACUGCUCUUGCAAUCCAAAGGGAUACAUUGUUCAAUAAGUUUCUUCUGUUAUUGAAACAUCUAAGACUCAAAAAUUACAUCAACUUUUUGUAUAUUUCAACAAGGCUUUUAAUGUAUUUUGUUGUGUUUGUAUUCUAUGGGGUAAAGCGGAAGUCAAGUUGAAAUGUGUCAUGUCAAGUUUGCAAAGCAAGAAGUCACAAACAAAUCCUCACUGGGAUGUAUAGUUUUAUGUUUUGUUUUCUUAGAAACAAGGGUGUUUCUUUGUGUAGGUAAUGUUGUUUUUAUUUUUUGUAAAACGUAUGUUUAUUUAUAUUCUUUGGUUUUGUUUAUUAAAAGGAAUAUGAUUUUGCUGUG